CUCACAUCUUGCCCUUUGCUCUCUUGUCCUUCAUUCCUUCCUUCUUCCAUCUCCGCUCCUUCCCCCCACCACCUCCACGGUCUCCAACCCCGGCCCCGUCGUGCUCGAUGCCCGCGAGGACAGUUCCCUCCUCCCCCGACCUCGCCCUCUCUCCUCCCCGCUUCCACCCCAGGCCAACCCUUCAGCCACUCUCGUCGUCUCAUCUGCAUCGGGACGCACUCGACGAGAGGUCGCCGGAGUACAACACCUACGCCGUUCGGAUGCCUCCCCAGAACGCCCACCCUGACGCAGACUACGGCUCGCAUCCAGGAUGGCCACCGCCUGGUCCGCGUGUAUACCCCGACCCUUCCUCUAUACCCCCACAUUGGCAUGUUCACCCGUCCGCCCUCACCCAAUAUCGCGAUGCUCGCACGCCCGCCCCGCCCGCCCCAGCCACUCAAUCAAACGCCCGCGCACCUUGGCAGAACCCGUACACUCGCGUUCUACAGGUUCAACCCUUCGUUGCGCCGCCGCCGCCUCCCAUUCCGCACAAGGUCUGGAUCUUGGACUGCAAAGCAUGCGGUAUGUUUUUGACCAACCGAGGCAUGAAGGCUGUCCUUCUAUUACGUCCUAACGUUCCGCUGUACUCCACGGACGCCCUUCCUAUCAACUGCUCGGCAUUCUCGCCCGAGUCCGAGGGUACGAUACGCAUGCACUCAACCUCUGUGUCGUCAACCUCGUCCGGAAGUGGCUCUCGGUCUGCGCGGUCCUCUAUUUCCGGCCCGUCAGGUGAUCCCGCACAACCUAACGCUUCUGCAGAACGUUCGCCGACGCGCACAUGUGAAUGCCUGACACAGACCCUAUGCUGCCACGGGUGUGGAAACGCUGUUGGCUACAUGAUCGUCUCACCUUGCCAGCGAUGUACGUCCUCGAUUACGGUGAACAAUCGCGCGACGAAUGGACACCGAUUUGUGUUCUACUCGAGCGAGAUCACUGCGUGCGAGCGACACUACAUCUCUGGCGAGCGCGGAGUCAGUCCCUUCCAUCCACUAACAUCGCCCAAUCCGCAGACGUUACAGAGCGGUAUGGCCGGUCUCACUAUUGGUAACAGUUCGCCACGUCAGUCUGUGGCACAGCAGCCGACGCCCGCUUCGUCCACCCCGAGCACGCCGCAUUCCAUGCCUCCGCUCUCACCUGGACUCACGAUAUCCCCUGGCUCUACUAUUGCCGCUCGGAGAACGUCCGUGGAUUACCUCCCUACUCCUCCACCGGAUGCCGAGAGCGCUUUCGCACCCAAUGCGAGAGUCGGACCUACGCCCGCGACCGCAGCGUCGAUCAACACACGUCCCAGCGCAAUCAGUAGCGCCAGCCGGUCUCCUACCUCCAGUCAGAGCCGAUCGAGAGCCAAUGACGAUGCAGGACCGGUCACGCCGCCCGCGCCUCCGAACUCGCACUCCACGUCGCCGCACACCGGGAACACGCCACCUGCCACCGGGGCAUCGUCUCCUACCCUGCCGCCCUCUGCACGCGCCCGCGCCGCUUCGACGUCCGCCGCGGCGCCCUCCCCAGCGUCUGCGUAUCCGCCGCCUCUCAACGUGUACAACAUCGUCCCGGCGUACCUGUCCCGGCCGUUACACCCGCCCGCUCCCCCUCCUGCGCCACCUCCGGAGCCGCUGAAGGCGGGAGAGGUGCUCUACUGGCACCAUCUGUUGCGGAGCGGGGAGAUCCCUGCUGUCUCGGAGGACCCGCGCGCGCGUCUGGACGAGGGGGACGCCGACGUGAAGAAUGAGGCUGCGAUGCGGAACGCGCUCCCGAGCGGGAUCGUUGCCGGACGUUGAGCUCGUUCGGUUGCGGCUCCCUUUCGAGAGCGGCUGAGCGCGUCUUGCCUUUCCCUCUUCCAAUCCGUUCGUCUCGCAAUAUCAUGUUCCGCAGCGCGACUCUGUCUAGCGCCCGGGUCGAUGUUGGCAUCCUGGAGUUUUACCGCGCGCCUGACUGUCGACCUCGCACACGGAAAGCACGGGUUAUCUAUUCCUGUUUAUUAUUCAUUAACACUGUAUAUUUUUACAUGUCUCGAAACGCUCCGGAAAUAUGUCCUCUACGGUCGCCGGGGAAAAAUCGUGUCCCCGGCCGAAUGCCGCGCCAUCUCUCGUACAGCGUUCGUUCGUACUCGCAUACGUCACGACCCUCGUUUACGAAUCGAGACGUCUACCAUUCAUGAUUCUUGCUACGCUCGCACAAACACUUCCAGACUUGUCGAUACCCCUCCCCCUCCUCCCUCUGUCCCCACUCCCUGAUUUGAUCCCUGCCACGCUACCGCCGUCGUACCUCGUUGUAUCAAUCACCACGCAGUCGUCUCACUUGACCCUCCAUCAGCAUCUUGGAUAUAUAUUCAACCCGCCUCCCGCCUCAUUGGGUCCAUGUCACAUCACCGCGGCCUCGUCUCCCUCCCACCCUUCCUCCUCCUGGUCAUAUGGAUGUUCUUGUAACAUUGAUCCUUAUAUGUUAUGGUUCUCGGUCCUCCGCGUUGCCUCGUCGUCGAUCGCUCUGUCGUGUUGCAUCUUUACUUGCCUGUUACUUUGCGGUUGACUGCAUCUGCAUAGUGACGUUGUGCAUUCCUCC